GAGAAUUCCUACACCUUUGUCGAACUCCUUUGUUCAGAUAAUCAGUUUUAUAAUAGUUUCAGUUCGGUAAUAUUAUUUUUAUCAUGGUAUCAGAGCCGAAAUCCUGGAAAUAAAAAUUCCAAAUUUGAUUCUUUUUUGCUUUGAGCUAUGGUGAUUUGUGAUACCACCAUUAAGAAGAGUUGUGAAGUUGUGUGUUCUUCUUCUCCUUCUUCUUCAAAUUCUCAAGUAAAUAUGGCAUAUACUUUGCCACAUGUUCGUCCUUGGAUUAUUGAUUCUGGAGCUAGUGAACAUAUCACUUGUAGUGAUAUGAAUCUUUUUAAUAUCACUAGGCACACAUCAGAAUCAUCCGUCAGAAUUCCUAACGGCGAAUCAAUUCCAGUAAAUGCAGUUGGAAGUUUAUACCUGCCAAAUGGAAUCCUUCUUGAACGUGUUCUAUACAUUCCAAAAUUUCAAUGCAAUCUACUUUCAGUUAGUCGCUUAACAAGCGAUCUAAAUUGCACACUCAUAUUCUUCCCAGACUUCUGUAUUUUACAGAAUGUAUCCUCGAAGAAACUGAUUGGUGUGGGUAAAUUAUGUGAUGGUCUCUAUUAUUUAGAGCCUCCCAGAAGUGAAGGGGUGGCAAUGUCAGUAUCGAUUACACCCGAUUUAUGGCAUCAACGUUUGGGACAUGCAUCCGAUGGAAAAUUACAUCAUAUUAGUUCUCUCAAGGGAUUUCGACGAAGCAAUAAUUUUUGUGAUCCCUGCAUCCGAGCUAAGCAAACUAGAUUACCUUUUCCUACAAGUUCCAUUAAGACAACUCGAUGCUUUGAGUUGAUACAUUGCGACAUUUGGGGAGGUUAUAGAUGUGAUUCAAUCUCCGGUGCAAGGUAUUUCUUAUCUAUUGUUGAUGAUUUUACCAGGGGUGUAUGGGUUUAUUUGAUGAAAAAUAAAUCAGAAGUUUCCCAAUUUAUUAUGCAUUUUUGCAAUAUGAUUGAAACUCAAUUUGAGCAAAAGGUCAAACGGAUAAGGGCUGAUAAUGGUGUAGAAUUUAAAACCAACAGUUUAUUGGAUUAUUAUGGACGCACUGGGAUAUUAUUGGAAACGUCAUGCACGGACACACCACAACAAAAUGGGGUUGUUGAACGUAAGCAUAGACACAUAUUGGAAAUUGCAAGAGCACUGCGUUUCCAGUCUGGGUUACCGAUUGAUUUUUGGGGAGAGUGCAUUCUGACAGCUGUUUAUAUUAUAAACAGACUUCCCUCACCCAUUAUUUCUAACAAAAGUCCUUUCGAGAUGCUAUUUGGAAAAGUGCCUAGUUAUGAUCAUCUGCGUGUAUUUGGGUGUUUAGUGUAUGCUCACGACAAUAAAAGAAAAGAUAAGUUCGCUGAAAGGGGGAGUCCUUGUAUAUUUAUUGGCUACCCGCAUGGUCAAAAGGCUUAUCGUGUUUUUGAUUUGCAAAAACAUAAUGUCUACAGCUCUCGGGAUGUAACAUUUUGUGAAGAAAUAUUCCCAUUUAAACUCAAUUUGGAUCAGGAGCUUGAUUUUCCGUCACUUGUUGAGAAGGUAUACAAUCACACGGUCAAUAAUGGGCAUUUUACACCGCACCAUAAUGCUUCAUCAAGCAAUUUUCUCCCUCAUCCGAUUAUUACUAGCGGACAAGACACUGGACAAAGCACUUGCGGCCCCACUAGCGGGCUGCUGCGUGAUAAUCUUCCACCUAGCGGGCUGCUGCCGACUCAUCACGUUCCUGGACAGCCGCACCAGUUGGAUCAACAAAGUGAUUGCAGGUCGGCUGAAUUAACCCAGCAGCUGCAUGUUGAUUUUGACCUUCCAACUACUGGGCAGCUGCCAAUGGGUCAUGUAUCUAGACAAAAACAGACUGCUACACGUGAAUCAGCAUCUCGGCUUCACAUGGAAAACAGCCCCACACCAGCUGCAUCAACCAACAUAUCUCAUAAUUCACUGCCUAAGGAGCAACUGCCCUACACCGAUCAAAUGCAGCGGUUUUCUCCUCCUUCACCUACACGUGAAUCCACAAGACAUGGCCCCACAUCUGAAAAUAUUGACGACCUCCAAGUUGAGGAUACCAUCCCAGCUACCAUCCAAUCACCUAGCCAGCUGCCCCUUAACGUGUCUGCACAGGGUACAAGUCCCACCGGCCCAUCUAUGAGAUCUUCAAACAUUGCACCUCCUCUUGAACAAAGAAGGGGUGAUCGGAACCGCCGAAUGCCUAAAUAUCUCGAUCAUUAUGAGACUGAUUUGCCGUCAUCCCUUGACCAUUCAAAGUCUGCUACCAACGCAGUAAACUCAACAGUUUAUCCUAUUUCGAAAUACAUUAAUUAUGAAAAGUUUUCACGUACUCAUAAAGCAUAUUUGACGGCCAUCACUUCUCGUGAUGAGCCUAAAUAUUUUUCACAGGCCGUGCGAGAUCCUUUAUGGAGAGAUGCCAUGCAAAAGGAGAUAAAUGCUUUGGAAGAAAAUAACACUUGGGUUCUAGUCUCAUUACCACCCGGGAAAAAGGCAAUUGAUUCAAAGUGGGUUUAUAAAAUUAAAUAUAAAUCCAACGGAGAUGUGGAGCGGUACAAGGCUAGAUUAGUGGCCAGGGGUUUUACUCAAGUAGAAGGAGUUGAUUUUCACGAAACAUUUGCACCGGUGGCCAAACUUGUUACAGUACGGUGUUUGUUGGCUGUCGCCGCCAAACGAGAUUGGACAGUUCACCAAUUGGACGUAAACAAUGCAUUUCUUCACGGUGACCUUUCUGAAGACGUCUACAUGCGUCUGCCACAGGGAUUUGCUAAGAAGGAUGACACUCGAGUUUGCAAGUUGCAAAAAUCCUUAUAUGGGCUCCGACAGGCUUCUCGUAAUUGGUACCAUAAAUUCACUCAAGCAUUGGUCGGAAUCGGUUUUCGUCAAUCUAGAGCAGAUCACUCUCUUUUUAUUUUUCAGAAGGGACUUGUUCACACUUUUGCUCUCAUCUACGUGGAUGAUGUUAUCUUGGCCGGCAACGAUUCUUCUCACAUUGACAGUAUCAAGCAUUAUUUAGAUACCAAGUUUAGCAUCAAAGACUUGGGAAAGCUUAAAUAUUUUCUUGGAAUUGAGGUUGCCCGCUCUCCGGAAGGUUUCGUUUUAAGUCAACGAAAAUAUACACUCGACAUUUUAGAUGAAAGUGGUAAUCUUGCUGGACGUCCUAGUUUAUUUCCAAUGGAACAAAACUUAAAACUCCGCCCCGAUGAUGGUAGUCCACUUGUAGAUGCCCCUUCCUAUCGGAGAUUAAUUGGGCGUCUACUAUAUCUCACUGUGACCCGUCCAGACAUAGUCUAUUCAGUUAGCCAGCUCAGUCAAUUCCUUGGUGCGCCACGACAAUCACAUUUUGAUGCAGCUAUUCGUGUCCUUCGGUACUUAAAAUCUACACCUGGUCAAGGCAUAUUUUUAUCCUCUGAUCAUGACUUCACCCUGACCGGAUAUUGUGACGCUGAUUGGGCAGGAUGCUCUUUUACUCGUCGAUCUAGCACCGGCUAUUUAAUCACAAUUGGAGCUUCACCUAUAUCAUGGCGGACAAAGAAACAAUCUGUUGUCUCUCGCUCUUCCGCUGAAGCAGAGUACCGUGCCAUGGCAGUCACUGUAAGUGAGAUUUUAUGGUUACGUUGGUUACUACGAGAUCUCACAAUUUAUCAAAAGGGCCCCACGUUACUUUAUUGUGAUAACCAAGCAGCACGACACAUCGCGCUCAACCCGGUUUUUCAUGAACGUACCAAACAUGUCGAGAUGGAUUGUCACUUUGUACGAGAACGAGUUGCUAGUAACGAAAUCCAACCACAAUACAUAUCCACGACAAAUCAAGUGGCCGACAUAUUCACAAAAGCACUUGGUACAGACCGCUUCCAUUUCCUUCGUAGCAAGUUGGGUGUUCGUGACCUACACACUCCACCUUGAGGGGGAGUAUUGGAGUCCAUGCAUUUUCCCUACGUACCAUUUAGUUGUCAUGUACUUUCCACACAUUAUUGUAAUAUUAUUAUACCACUUACUUUAGGUAGGGUUAGUAUUUUGCAUGGCAUGCACAUGCUCAGAACUUUCUCUCUCCCAUUCCCUGUACGUCCCACUUGUAUGUUUGUAUUAUAUAUAUGCGCAUAGGCACAUAUGAUAAUAGUAAAAAAAAAAAAAAGGAGAAUUCCUACACCUUUGUCGAACUCCUUUGUUCAGAUAAUCAGUUUUAUAAUAGUUUCAGUUCGGUAAUAUUAUUUUUAUCAUCCAAUUCUGGUCUUCUGGAGAGAAUCAUGUCCAGUCAUAAAACCAACUAUUUGAGAUUUGAUCUGGUUUCGGAACUGGAACCAGUCUACCGUAAACGAUAUGGAUUGGAUUGUAUGUUACAAAGUUAUUAUGGAGUACUUUCAUUAUUAAAUUAAUUCAUUACUCGGAGAUAAAAGCCAACUAUUUUUUACCUAAUGGAAUCAGCUCAACUGCUUUGCUAGAAAAGGCUAAACGUGCUAAUUUCACGUUAUUACUUACCCACCAAGUUCUUUUCUGUUUUCCCCUUCUUUUGUUAUUUGAGGCUUUGAGCAUUUGACCAUUUCGUUAUCACAUUGUUCAACCUCUUAUCUUCCUACUUUCUUUCGUUUUCUCCUUGUAUUUAUACUCUUCCUACAGUACUGGCAUUAUCUUCAAGUAAUUAUCUUGUGAAAAAAUUAAAAAUUACAGAGGCAUCUAUUUGAGAGCAUGAUUAUUAUGGAUUAAUUAGUAUGGUUUAAUAGAUUUGAGCAAACAAGAACACUCCUAUUUAUAGGGAAAAUAAG